AUGGAGUCAAAUAUUCGAGAAGAGAACUUCCCUUCUACAUCAUCAAAACACCCCCGUCCACCAUCCACUCUGUUCUCUGGCAUCAACCCUAAGAACCACACAAUCAUCAAUAAACAGAUCUCCCUACCCAUCUUCAUCCCCUGGAUCGACCUGCAAUUUCUCUCCCCAUCACUAACAUAUCCUGGAUUCUUUCCAUUCAACCAGGCACCCACAUCCCACCUGCUCACCCCCCGAGCCCCAAACGACUGCCCAAGCAACCUCACCGGCGGUGCAAUCGCCGGCAUCGUCAUCGGCUCAAUCUUCGGUACUCUCCUCCUCAUCUGGCUCUGGCGCUUCCUCCAAUUCCCCUGGGCCAGUGACGAUGUAUCAGAUGUGGGCUAUCGGCCCCCGAUCACCCGGACGUCUGCGGGAGAUGAACGGCGACGACGACGACGAAGAUCAGCUACCGUGGACUACUAUGUCGAGAAGCCAAGAAGUCGCUCGCGGGGAUAUCGGGAGGAGGUGCGUCGACCAGCAAAGGUGUAUCUUUCAUGA